GAGAGAGCGAGAGAGAGGAAGAGAGACGCACUCAACGAAAAAAUACAAAGUGGAGGUUGUUGGGGAGGCGCCAUGGCACUGAGCAAGACGAGCAAAUCGAAAGCUGGCGCCAAAGACGAGCAGAACGAACUGGUCGAAUUCGAGCCCAAAGAUGAUGACGACAGCAACGAGGCAGCUGCAACCGAUACAGAAGCUAUAACCAAAGAAGAGGAAUGGAUAACGAAGCGAAAAACAGAGCUGACAACAACGAGACAAAUCGAGACACGGGUGAAACGACAGGUGAAGCUGCAGGAUGGCAAAGUGAUAGAGGACUCUGGGCCGAUGGUGUCCACCAAUACGACCGAGGACACAGAUAAACAGGAAACGGAGACAACUGAGAAACGCGACUUGGGUCUGCCAGAUGAGCUGGAUGGCAAUGCGCAGCUGAUUGACGCCGCAGCUUUGGAGGCGGGCGCCGUCAACGAGACGCAGCUGGCCCAGUUGCAGGAGGCGUUCGGCGUUGGAGCCGGCAUCGAUGGUGGCAAGCUGGUGAAGCGCAUGGUGCCGCGCCCCGUUGACGGCCUGGUGCGCCAGGUCGACGAUAAGCGCAUCAUAUCGCACGAAGAGAUCAAGGACUAUCACGAGACGCAGGACGUCAAGCACUUGGGCGAUUUCACCGACGAGACAUACGUGAAGGCGGUGCGCGAGGGUGUUGAGGAUCUUGAGGCUGUCCUCUGCUCACCGGAGAGUCAGCAACAGUUGGUGGCACUUGGGCCGCAGCUGGUGGCGAAUACGAGUCGAUCGCGCAAGACAAUCGAUUCAGAGGAUACGCAGAAGCGUUGCCUGGCCCAGGAGGACGGCACACUGGUUACCGAGAGCAAGCGCACCACCGAACACGAGCUGAUCCUUGACGGCGACGAAGACGACACAGAGACAGAGGCAAAGGCAAAGGCAUUAACAAGGACCAGGCAAAAAGCCGGCAAUGAGCUGGUUGUUGGUCAGCAGGGCGAACAGUUGACCACAACGGCGGCGAGUCAACGCUACUUCAAGCAGCGGGACGAACAGCAUGUGGAUCUGAUAGCCGACGGCAAACUGGUGGCCACCGAGAUGCGCUACGCCGCCGAGACGACCCAAAUGGAAAAGGACGGCUCCCUGGAGCGGCCCGGCGACUGGGACAGCCUCUCGGAUCGCAUGCGCAAGCUGCGGCGCUCCCAGCAACAGCAGCAGCAAAAAGAGGUGGCGCUGCUGGCGGAUCGCAAGGAUGCGUUAACGAAGCGUCCACUCGACUUUGAUCGGGAGGAGGAGACGCGCAAGGGCGAGACGAUGAAGUGGCUGGAAUCGCACUUUGGCAGCGAAUCGACCGCCUCCAAUGAUUCGCGGGAUGACGAGGCCAACGAUGUGGAUGUGGAGCCCACCAAGAAGAGCUACUUUAAUGUGAUCAUCAAAUCGCAGAGCCAACUACCGGCCGGGCUGCCAAGCAAUACAAUCUCUGGCCAAGCAGCAGGUGCAGCUGCUGGAACUGGUGGUGGAGCAGGAGCAAUCACACAGACACAACAGCACCAUCCGCAGACGCUGCCACGCAGCGCCGAAAGAGAGCGGGAACGCGAAAGGGAAAGGGAGCGAGAAAGGGAACGCGAACGGGAACGGGAACGUCUGCCCGCCACUCUGGAUCGCAAGUAUGUUAAGGAGGUGAACGGUCUGUCAGUUGGUCGCGGUAAAUAUUUCCAGGGUAUCUCGAACUGGGCGGAGCGUCAGGAGGCGCCCAUCAAUCACUUCUCCAGUCAAGCAUUUCGUGAGGAUCUGCAGGAGACGAUACGCCGCAACGGACUCAAGAGCAAGGGCAAACAGCCAGAUGUGCUGCCGUCCAGCGUCGCCGAUAGCAGCUAUGUGAGUCGCGAGGAUAUCUUGCAGCAGAAGCGCCAGAGUUUGUCCUCGCAAUUUUUAGCGCGCUCCACGCGUGGCUCGCGAGAUGCCCUCGAUGAUCUGGAUGCCAUACCGGGACCACGUGAUCCACAGCCACCAGCGCAAAUGCGGCAUCAUCAGCUAGCCGCUGUUGCUAAUUCAACGAAUGCGCCACUGCAGCCCAAUCGCGCCGAGGAGCCAUCACAGAAACGGGUGGCCUACGGCCAUGGCCGGAGCAGCAGUAAUCCCAUCAAUUUGCGCGGCAAGAGCUAUGAGCGCAGCUCCCUCGAAACGCCCAUGGAGUUUGCGACGAACAGUAGCAGCAGCAGCUGCAAUCUGGGUCGGCCCACUGUGCCCCAGCGACGACGUGCCAUCGAAAAGAAGAUCGGCGAGCAGAUAACAACCACAGGAACAACAACAGCAACAGCAUCGCACAACAGUCAUCAAGCCGUUACCAAGCUACUCGCACCACAGCCGCCACCAGCACCAGCUCCAGCCACAUCUGCUGCGACUGCUGCUGGUGUGGUUACGCAGCUGGAGCCGCCACCGGAUUAUUCGCCGCCACCGCGCAGCCGCAGUCGCAGCUCAUCGCCGCAGGUGGAUUAUUUGCGUACACGGCCACGCCACGUCCCCGCCAAUGCCCAUGCCCAUGGUCAUGCCCACUCGCAUCCACAUGGCCAUCAGGCCAAUUUGGAGACGGCAGCGAGCAGCAGCAGCCUGACCCUGAAUCGGAAGCAACAGCAACGCACCCGAUUUGCACCAGCCGCCAGCUAUAAUAAUCGACAGCCAGGCGGCAACUCGGCCUCCACCUCGAAUCUGUCGACGGUGAGCGCCAGCAAGCCUGCCAGCAAGAUGGGUCAGGUGAUUGGCAACUCGCUGCGCAAGCUGGUCAGCAAGAUACGCUCGGCGAGUGCGGAGCGUAAAUUUCGUAUGAAAAGUGCCGCAGCAGCAAAAAGUAAAUCACGCGAACAGUCGCCCAGCCAGGCGGCGGGCAAUGUGAACGUGUCGCCCAGUGUGACCACCUAUCAGCAGUACAAUGUCAUCGAUGGUCACAUUGGUGGUGGCACUAAUAACAAUAACAACAACAACAACAACAAUGGACACAUGCGGCACAGCAGCAACGAAUCCGAGGGCUCCAUUAGCGAUGGCCAGCGACGACGCAAACCGGAUAUGCCAGCUGCUGUUGGGCAGCCGGUGCGCAACUUUAAGCCCACAGUGGCUGAGCUGGAGUCGACGGUGAUGAGUCCACGGCAGCGUUAUUAUCUGGGCGAGGAUCCCUAUUCCAGUACGCUAUACGGCAAGGAGAACAUCUAUGAGCGACAUGCUCACGCCCAGGCGCAUGCUCAGGCUCAAGUGCAGGCGCAGGCGCAGAGUCGAGCUCGUCAGCGGUCCACAGAGCCCCGUUUCGAGGAUGAGGAUGAGUUUUAUGAGUCGCGUGCGCCGCCAGUUGGUAGCUCCACGCAUACACUGGGCCGCUAUCAGAAGCAUGGUCAGCGCUUUAGCGGCUCCACACCCAAUUUGCAUGUGCAGCCGGAUUAUCGAUCCACGCAGACGCUGCCCCGCAAACUGCACGAACAUGGACAGUACAGAGGGCCACGAUAUAAUCAAACGCUCGAGAAGAUUACAGGAAGCAGCAGGCCCAGCUACAGUACGGUCUUAAGUCAGCAACAGCAGCAGCAGGCAACGCCUCCUCCUACUUUGACAACAGCAGCAGCAGCAGUCACUGCAUUAUCUGGAGCUGGUCCUGCGAAGCCGGCGCGCACAUAUGCCAAGGUCUUGAAUCGCAGCAAGAGCUUCAAUGUGCACGGCAUGAAUGGCAGCAAUGAUCCUAGUCCCAUUUAUAUUGAGAAACUGACCCGUAACAAUUAUAGCAAUGGUCGCCACGAGCUGUUGUCGACGCAAACCCAAUCGCAGGCAUACAAAUCGAAUCCGCAUCUGUACUCCAGCGGCAAGGAUAACUCGCUGAAGAGCGGCCUCAAGAGUCCAUCGAUUGUGAAUCUGAUAAGUCGCAGUCAAAAGGAUUUGACGAAAAUUGCCAAUGGCAAUGACGAUGAUCUCUACCAGCCGCAGCAGCAACAGCAACAGCAACAGCAGCAGCUGCAGGAGGACAACAACAAUAAAAAUAAGCAGCUAUAUUUGCGCAAUCUGCACCAGCAGACACCCGAUCUAUAUCGUGUCAUUCAUGGCGAUGAGGAUUAUGGACGCAACAACAAUAAAUAUGCAUUGCAGCCAAAAUAUUCACUGGACUCGCGCUCGCCACCGUCCGUUGAGCUGAACAAGGAUACGGCGAGCAUUGUGCGGCGUAGCAGUGAGCAUCACCAUCAGCAACAGCAACAGCAUCUGCAUCAUCAUCAUCAGCAACAGCAACAUCAUCAUCAACAACAUCAAGUCCAGCAGCAGCAACUGCGUCGCGGAUCCGGCGCCACAAUUAUUGAACUGCGCCAACGCAAGUGAUGUCUUCCCUCUCUACCACUAUCCGACUCUAUCUCUGUCUCCCUCUCUCUCUCUGUCUCUCACUCUCUCUCUCUCUCUCCCUCUCUCUCUAUAUAUAUUUGUUUGUGUCUCUUUCUGGACUUGGCUUUUAGUUUCAUUUGACAAGCAGCAAAUAAAUACAAAAAAGGCCCAUUGCACCUAUUUGGUUACGGAUAUCAAGCUCGUUUUUGCUGCUGCCACAUUCCAAUCAUAUAUGAUAUACAUAUAUA